AUGUCAUCCCAUCCUCGUCAAGCUAUCGCAGGAAACGGCUCUCCUGUUCAGAAAAAGACCCAGACCGUCCCUAUUGUAGACACGGUCACGACGCCGAAGAAACGAGGGGGGCCUCCUCCCCUCCCUUCUACCCCUCCAGGUCAGGGGAAUAGCCCCACGAGGCUUCCAACCACCCCAACCCAUGGCUUUGGGAGCCCAGGGUCUCCUUUUGGGAGUCCAAAACCCCAAUUUACUUCAAAAUCCUCCAUCCCCGGUCGUUGGCUACCUUCCUACCCUGAGGAAUCAACUUCCCACUCAGGGUCUCAAGCAAAACUCCAGUCCGCUUCCCAAACGGGCGGAAAUAAGAAAGGAAAGGCUAAUCUCACGGAGAUUUUCCAUUCUAUCAAAAACCAGAGUGUCACUUCUUCAGUGGUUGAGACUGUUGCUGAGAAUACUACAGACACGGAGCAAGCAACCUCCCCCAAGCUUCCAAGCUCCUCAUCCAAUGGAUCUUCUUCCUCACGUGAAAGAACUCCACCUUUCACCAUUUACGAAGAGGCAGCUCUUAAGCCCUCAAGUUCUUCCAAAACUGCAGGCACCUCGCAGGCCGAGCCAACUCUUCAAGCUCCGACUCCAACCUCCAAGAAAGUUCCAGCUAUUUUGCAGGCUUCUCAAGGGUAUGGGCCCAACAGCCCGCUUCAUUCUCCAGAUUCGAUCUGGGGCAUGAAAAAGGGUAAGACGAAGUCCCCAGAAACUUUGCGCCGCAUGCUUUCCGAAGCCCAAGACCGCGAACGUGUUGACGACGAGUUGGUCAAAAUGAACGUCAUUCCUCCAACGGCUCCUAUUAUCGGAGUCAGCGGGAAAUGCCCCCGCCAGAAUCCAUUCCCUUCGUUCCCUAUUUAUGAAGGGCCCAAGAAUAAGCCAUUUGCUCCUGAUGAUAUGGUCCUUCGAUCUAUGGCGGAUAUCCCUCAGUUCUUAGAAAAGUUCAAACCUAAGGAGGUCCGCGCCUUAUUUGGAAACUAUAUCGCCAGUUGCGAUGAUAUCGACAAUAUGGCCUGCCCGAUGCGUAUUGGACAGCUUUCCAUAUUCAUUCCCAUCAACAUGAGAAACGGUGAGAUCAUCACCGUUGGCCUUGCCCCGGCCGAGCUCUUCCAUACCAAUUGGAAGGGAACUGGAUCCCCAGUUCCCAUUCCUGACCGAUCUAUCAUCGGCAAGAGAGCCUAUGCUGUCAUCGUCCAACAAUCCUUGCCGGCUGACUUCAUUGUCAGUCGAAGUCUCGCAGCUCCGACUGGAAAUACUCAGGGAACUGUCAUCGGUAUUGUCGGUAGUGCUUGCAUUUUGCGUGUUGAGAAAUGGUUCCUUCGCAGUGAGCACUUCAGCACACAGUCUCGCGUCAUUCCGGUCAUGGGUGAACUUCCCGACAAACCAAAGCUUGUCCUCUAUAACUCACCUAGAGUUUACGAUGAACACAAGGCCGAGCUUGAGAGAAUGGCCCUGGAACGAAAGGACCAGGGGAGCCGUCUGAGUGUCAAAGACCUUGGAGGUACGUUCCACCAAAUCCCAAAGGGGAAGACUUUAGGUUGGGACAUCAAGGUUCUUGAUUUCGGUCCGAUUGGUCCACCGAAGUAUUUGAGUAUAUCAUCUCUAGGUGGUGAACCGGAGCCCAGAUCUAAGCCGAAGAGGGUCCCAUGGGAUAACAUCGACAACGGAACAGCUAACAAUGGUCCGGAUGAAAAGGCCGCAUCAACGCUAGUCCCCAGCAGCACAGCGACGGAGGCGGGCACGAUGAUGGAAUCGGAGGUGGAGGUGCCGAAGGACGGGUCGGUAGACACAGGGUCUACCGACAAGAAGAAGGGGGAGGUGGUGGUGAGAGUUUGA